AACAGUGCAGCUGUGGGGACGGAGGAACUGCGCGAUCCGCGAGUUCAGGGGGAGCGUCGCCGAUAACGCGCAUGCGCGCCAACGCCUUGGUUAUAAAAGGAACGCGACGGGCCGCUGCAAAACAGUAUCGAACUGUCUGGCGACGUUCAAGCGCAACUACUCAAAGCUCUUUUCCCAAGCGAAUCUACUUACGUGUGCGUACUAGAAAGUGUGCGUACUUUCUUCGAUAUCGAAUUAUUUAAGCGCAAUUGACUCGGAGAGUUGCUGAUCGCACGGGUUGCGAAUUCAGAGAAAAAGCGAAACGCACUUCUUUGUCCGACAGUCGUAACAAAAGCGCGAAGUACGCAGUUGAAUAUGUCGGAAGCCCAUUUUGACGAGUACGAGCACUUCAACUACGACUACGACAAGCACAUCUACACUGGUCACAGCGGCAAGCAGCGAAGCAAGCGAGAGGCUGCUAUGCACACGAAUUACUUCGAUCCGAACGGCCAUUCCAGAAAAAUCCUUACCAAGCUCAUGAACACCGAGCACAACAAGAAAGAGACUGUCAAGACCAAGUCGUAGACGCGCUCCGCCAUACAGGUUUUUCAAGGCUCUCCUUGCCCAGUGGAAGUUCCCAUUAUAAAUCUUCAAGUACAAAAAGUACAAACACGCUAAGCUCUACUACUAGGAUGCAAGGAACAUAACGGCUCGAUAUCGUGCACCUGAUAUCUGUAUUGAUGAACGCAUUUAAAUUUAAAUAUUCGCGACUUAAAAACUCUUGCUCUAUUCCAAAUACUUCUAGUGUAUAACUUGAUCGAGUCACAUUUUUGCAUAUCCUGAUUUUGCAUUCUUCUCGCGUCAAGCAUUAUUACACGUUAGGAUCGCGUUAUUUAUACGAUAUUUAUAGUUCAAGUCGCUAAACUUCAAGUAAAUCAUCAUUAAAAUCAUCAUUAAUUUAACUUUUAAUCUCAUUAGUGUCUCUUCGGUAUAAAUUGUUGUUAGUUUUGCUAGAAACUUUUUUUUCUAAGAUUUAUUCAAGGUUUUGUAAAUCUUGAUUGAAAUCAACUAAAGUUUCCUAUUAUCAGGACGAGUAUGUGUAUAGUGAGACACAGAAUAAAAAGUAUUUAAAAAAGUACAAAAAAAGCGAAAUAAA